AUGCGCCCCUUAAAAGGCCCAGGAGAGAGCGAACCGAGCAGCAGGACCGAGUCCCCAAGCGGCGAGGCGGUGGGAAUAGAACCGGCAGAACUGAUACGGGCGGAAUACCGCGUGACGCUCGGGCAGUCUCUCUCUCUUCUCUCUCGCUCGCUCGCUCGCUCGCUCUCGGCUUUGGCUCUUUCUCCCUCUCCUUCCCCUCUGCAACUGGCUGCGCUGAAUUCCGCAUGCUUGUUCCUCGUCUUUCCUAUCGUCGAGAUCCUCUCUGAUCACGACCUGCUCGACGUCGCUUGUGAAUUUCCUAUCCCCCCUGACGUCAACACCUUUCUCGCCCAUGCCGCCCGUCUCCCGCAGUGCAUUCGUCGUAUUACCCGCUUCGUGAAGUCCACCUCCUCCACCUCCCUCGUCGCUCCUCCUUCGAUCCUCCCACCAUAG